UAUAUCUUAGUUUUGAAGCUGUGAUCUAAGAAACACCAAUAUCUCUGCUGUCGCAGAGGCGAAGUUCCUGGAACUUCUUAUAAGAAAUCGCUCCAUGUAAUACUUCUCUCAAUGUAAUACACGCAUUUCUUAUAUCAUUGACUCCCUUCCAUACAGACAGCAAUACACAAUGACUUCAUAAAUUUCAAAUUCUAAAUUCUUGAAGAUUCCUACCAGUAAGUGGUAAGGCUGCAUCGGUCUUUCACUCUGCACAACAAAGGCCAAAUCGCAUGCGUCAACACAGACUUCAGGGUGAAACUUUUUCAGGAGCAUCGUCCGGUUUACUUGUUAUCCAGAAAAGCUGAAAAGACUCGCGCAGCCCAGCCAGGAGAUGCCAAAUUGUCGUGGAAAUUAGACAACACUCGCAGACUCGUCUUCUGAAGGUAAAAAGGUUUAUUACAGAAAGAUGGUUAAUACAGGAUAGAAUAAUGAGAGCGCUCUGAAGCGCUUGUGCUGAACCACUACUAUAUAUAUGAAACGCAGAGCAGGACACACCGAUAAGAAGCAGUUUGAGGCAGUUCGAACAGGCUUUGUUUUAGGGUCUUAGAAGAUGUGCAGACGAACCUUGAACAGAAGAACAUGUUUGUGGCUCUAUAAUCCCAUCGUAGUCAAUAAUGCCCAGGAUUGAGCCGUGUGAGCCGAAGCUGAAGAGUGAAUGAACGGCGGUAAACUGACGCGCUUUACUAGUGGGUUAAUUAACUCACCCAAACACAUCCUGUACACGUAUGAGAUUAAUCAGACAUUUACAUAACAUAUAAACAUAAUACAGGUGCAUCUCAAAAAAUUUGAAUAUCAUGGAAAAGUUCAUUUUUUUUCUGUAAUUCAAAAAGUGGAACCUUUCAUGUAUUCUAGAUUUAUUACACAUGAAAGGAAAUAUUUCAAGCCUUUUUCCAUUUUAAUCUUGAUUAUUAUGGCUUACAGCUCAUGGAAAUCAAAAAUCCAGUAUCUCAAACUAUUAGAAUUAAGAAUUUUAAUGCAGAAAUUUUCUUUAAAAUAUUCAGUGGUGUCGUAGGAAAGACGAGAGCAUGACUCGCCCUCGACUUUUCUAUCCGUCACGUUUUGUAAGGUUUGAGAAUUCGCGUUACAGUUCACUGUAUGUUGCAAGUGAAAUCAGUGUUGGGACGAAAAGACGGAGCUGUGUGGUGCUGUAAUAGCAUUAACCACAACUGAUUCACGUUUGUAUUACGUUCUACCCAGGACUAGAGGACUGUGUGCUUUAUAACAUUAGAACACGUUUCUGUUGUUGGUUAAGUACAUGAUGAUGAUGUUUUAUAAUCGAUGGAAACGAUUGUUUUGCAUCUCUUGAUUAUCAGCAUACUGUCGAUCAGCUUCUUUGUUGACUUUUCCUCCUGUCGUUGCAUCACUGUGCUAACCCCCUCGAAAAGUGACCUUAUCAUCGUUCCUUGUAACGUAUCAGCUUCUAUUCACACAUGAACCCACUUAUGAAGUUGACACACACUGCCUUAUUCAUGCAUCGGUGAAUACCAGUGUCAGACUUCGUAUGUGAAAUGAGCGACAGACGUCUUUUGCACACAUUUACACAUGACGUGUAUUCAACACUGCGUCCUAAAUAACAGGCUGAUUAGAGAGGUCUGUCAUUCUGCUCAGUUGUGCUGCGUUCUUGAUUAGUUCUUCAACUCUCCUGCUUUUUGUUCUCAGCCACAUCUGAGUGGAUCCAGUUUUUCAGAGAUGCAGGAAUCCCUCCGGGUAUGGCUGCCACCUACGCUGUGAGCUUUGUAGACAACAGAAUUCAGAAGAGCAUGCUGAUGGAUCUCAGUAAGGACAUCAUGAUGGACUUGGGUAUCACAGUCAUUGGGGAUAUUAUUGCCAUUCUCAAACACGCCAAGCACGUCUACAGACAGGAUAUGUGCAAAAUGGCCACUGAAGCUAUUUCCUCCGGUCAGACCAGCGUUCAGGCUGAGCUGAGGCGCACUGCCAAUACCCCCGCCACACGAAUGAUCGCCAAUGCCUUGAGUCGAGACUCCCCACCGAGCACACCCGUGCGUCGCCCUGACAACCGUCUCUCGGUGACCAUAUCCAACAAGAGCUCCAAAAUGGUUGCCAGUCAGCCUUCAGCAGAGAACGGAUUGCUGUUGAAACGCCGGCGAGUGACUUCAGAGAUGGAGGGGAAGUACAUCAUCAGCAUGCCAAAGGGCACCACUGCCCGAAGCAGACGCAUUCUGGCCCAGCAGGCUAAGAAAGCAAAGAGUUUGAAACGUACUUCAGUGUUUGAGAGACUGGGCUCAGAGUCUAAGGCAGACACAUCAACAGCCAAUAAGCAGGUAACAGGUGUGUUCAGCCGUCUGGGCAAAGUGGACGAAGACGAUGAUGCGGAGAGGGAUACGGCCGACGGCGCCAUAGCCGGCGAAGACGAGGACAGCGAUGGUGAAGGCUCUGUGCUUCAGUAUGCCGGCGUCCUUAAACGGCCUCAACUACCUUCCAAAAAAGAGCCUGUCGCCCAAAAACCUGAACCUGUUGCUCUGUAUCGCCUCGGCAACAAAUCUAAACUCCCGCUAUCAGAGAGCACUCCUUCGGCUGUCCCCUCCUCCACCUCUUCCAGCCAGGAGGGGGCGCCUAAACGGAAAAUACUACGGAGGUUGGGUAAAGUUCCCACAGCCAGCCCUGCCCCUGCGUCCUCUUCCAGCUUACGAUCUAGCCAGUCAACAGAGACUCAGGAUAGUCAGGUGACCAGCAGCAGGAGCAAGACAAGCUUUGCUCUGGCCAGCCCCAAAGUCAGCAGCAGCACAGGGACGGGCAAGGACUCACACAGGGCUCAGAUGGACGCUGCCACAGUCAGUGUGUUCAAAAGACUCGGGGCCAAGAUUGUCUAAUGCACACAAACGUCCUCAACACUCCUUUCUUAUCGCUCUCUUAUCUUAUCUCUAUCCUGCAUUCAGGAUUUAGGAUUAAAGUGCAGUAGACCUCAUGUCCCCAUGGUGCAUAUUAGAAUGAGCCCACGCACCAUUAACAUUCUGCAUACUUUUCCCGUACCUUCCUAUACCUCUAAAAUCCCUCCUCUUCAGAUUUUCCGGUGGGUUUCUAUGGCAGUUUUGUACAGCAAGACAGUUCGGUAUGUGCUGAUAUCCUUUGAACAUACGGUGCAAUAUUACAAUGUUGUUUUUAAGAAAUUUUUACCCUGCAUCUUUACACAAUGGGCAGCAAUUUACAUGAAAAUUCAUUCAAGGAAACAUGAUCGAACCUUUACAUUUCUUCAAAAUAAGGAAGACCUUGUUUUUUAUGCUGCUGGUCUACUGAAAAUAUCAUGUGUGCUGAAUAUCGCCGAUUCAUCCAUUGCACGUCAACAUGCCUCGCUUGCAGUACUGUAAACAAGAACAACGUGCUCUCAUCUCCACUUAACUGUCCAUCGACCUUCCUGUUUUCAUACCGUGUAGCCAUUAAAAGACUUGCACACUGUACCUCUAGUCUCCCGUCAAAACACCCCCCCGAUCUCAGCUGUCACUUUAAAGCCCUCAGUUUUUCCUUCCUCUGAAGGAAAGCCGUGUUAAGUGUUACCUAGAUGUAAUGAGUGAGCAAGGUGUCAUCUCCCCUGCUGGGAAAUGGGAUAAUGUUGCUAGGCAACACACAUGGCGAUGGACCCUAGAGUGUUGUUGUUUUUCUCCUCCGUUUGUGGCCAACGUGUACAAAAUAAAAGGCAACUUGUGGGUUUGAAUUACACCAGCAGGUGCUGACCACACUAUUGCCCUAGGUGCAUAAAAUUUCUUUACAUGGCCCCUGAAACUGAGUCAUCCAGUUUUUAUAUGGUUAUUUUAUGUUAAUUUUAAUUUGUAAUGUCUUUAAAGUAGACCUUUUAUAACACUGUACAGGUUUAAAAGGGGAAAAAGACAAACGAUGGUUUGUUUUAUAAAAUGGUUGUUUUUGCAGUUGAUUGACCAUAAAAUGGGAAAGCAAGAAAAAAGCACUGUCUUACUCCCUUUCUUUGAGCCUCUCUCACUUUUAAUGUAGUUUAAUUUUUUUUAUUAUUAUUUAUUUUAUUUUUUUUAAGGCCUGAUGGACUUCUCUAGCUGCUGUCAGGCAUCAAUUGUUAGACACGUUUUUAAAUCAGUUCAUUAAUAUAGACCAAUUCAUAUAGAUCCGGUGACGGGAAUAGAGAUUUACCUUGAAGCCAGAAGACCUAUUAUAGAAAAUGCAAUCAAAGUCAGAAUAUAAUAGCACCAUGUUAUAAAUUUACAUAACAGUUGGCUACAAUAUACACUAUCUCGCCAAAAGUUUGUGGACAUGUGACCAUCACACUCAGAUGUGCUUUUUGAACAUCUUAUUACAGAUUUAUCCCCCUUUGCUGUUAUAAUAACCGCCACUGUUCUGGAAAGGAUUUCCACUAGAUUUUGUGAGGAUUUGCCCUUUCAGCCACAAGAGCAUUAGUGAGGUCAGGCACUGAUCUCGGGCGAGGAAACCCAGGGUGCAGUCAGUGUUCCAGUUCAUCCCAAAGAUGUUCAUUUGAGUUUUGGCCAGGGUUUUGUUUAGGCCAUUCGAUUUCUUCCACUCCAGCUUUGGCAAACCAUGUCUUCAUGGAGCUCGCUUUGUGUAUAGGUGCAUUGUCACACUGGAACAGGUUUGAGCCUCUUCGUUCCAGUGAAGGGAAAUUGUAAAGCUACAACAUACAAAGACAUUCUAUACAAUUGUCUGCUUCCAACUUUGUGCCAGCUCUUUGGGGAAGACCCACACGCAGUACCCUCUGAAAAUAUUGGAACAGCAAGGCCAAUUCUUUUGUUUCUGCUAUACACUGAUACGUGGGUUUGAGAUCACAAGAUGAAAGAGACAAUAGGUCAGAAUUUCAACUUAGUUUCCUGAUAUUUACAUCUAGAGACAGAUUAGAGUAUGGCAGCUUCUGUUUGAACCUACUCAUGUCAAGUGAUCAAAACUAUUGGAACACGGGAAUGACAGGUGUCUUGGUGCUCAGGUAUCCAUGUUAGAUUAAUUGUUCAAAUAAUUAAUAGUUCUGAAUAUAUACUCUUGGUUUGAGCCCUGUGUUUCGCCUGCAUUUGUUGUUAAAAUGGAUAAACCAAGAUGGAGACCAGAGAGCUGGCUGUGGGAGAAAAGCAAUAUGUUUUGAAACAGAAAAUUGUGAAAAUAAGCCACAAAAGUUCUGGAACCAAGAUUAACCUCUACCAAAGUGAUCGAAAGGCCAAAGUCUGGGGAAUGAAAGGUUCUGCUCAUGAUCCGAAACAUUCAAGAUCAUUGGUCAAGCAUGAUGGAGUCAUGACUUGGGCUUGCAUAGGCUCACUAAUCUUUAUUGAUGAUGAUGGUAGCAACAGAAUGAAUUCAGAAGUCUACAGGAACAUUUUGUCUGCCAAUUUACAGAGAAAUGCAUUCAAUCUCAGUGGGAGGAAGUUAAUCAUGCAGCAAGACAACGACCCCAAACACACUGCCUACUCAACAAAGGACUUAAUCAGUGGCCAAAUCAGUCACUAGACCUUAACUCAACUGAGCAUGCCCAACUGAAGGAAGGAAGCCUGAUCAUUUUGAUACUCAAGACACAAAAUAACAAGGUUUACACAGUAUUGACAUAUGUAUUACUUAUAUUCUAGUUUGGUAGUCCAUAUAACAUUUGGAUGGGUUGCUUUAAUGAUAGAAAGAAAAACCAACUUGUAAAAGCUGUUCCAGGUUUGGUUACUGUUGCUUGUAGCAGCUCAGGUCUCGUGGGGGUCCUCUGUAUAAGGUUGUGCCAAACAUACAAACUGAAUAGCAACCUUCUGAGCAUGUGCAGGUUAAACAUUCUUCCUGCAGUAACUAAAAUAUUUCACAACAUUAAAUUAGAAACUUUUCAUGAA